AUGGAGACUGAACGCGACUGCCUCCUUGCUACUAGCAUAAGCACCUUUGCUGAAGCAAUAAACAAGCAGGUGGAUGCUAUUGGAAGCUUGACGGAGGCAAUACAACAGCUCUCGAACGUUGUCACCGCUUAUGAAUCAAGUCGAUUAGCCAAGCCAUUACUUUCGAAUUCACAACUGCGAAAGUGGUGGUAUAGGGCCUGGAAUGACAAGUCACGCGGGAAAAUCGACGAGCAUGGCAAUAUGCUCUCCGGGAAUCCCAAAUGGGCUCUUAGCUCCAAAACGGAUAUUGCGUUGCACUUUGCGGAGUUCCAUUCGGACGAUUGCAACAAAAAGGAUACAGCCUUGAUAUCUGCUACCAAUGACCCCAUUCGAGCGUUGAAAAAGGCCUUCACGGAGUGGUAUAAAGGGAACUUUACGACUCGGGACCCGGGGAAAAUCUUCAUAUCUAUUUUCUACAGUUCCGAGUAUUACGAUGCACGAGAGUUGGUUGAGAUGGCACGGAAGCCUCCACUCUGUUUCCGCUUGAGCAAGGAAACAUGCGAUCGACUAAAUUCGCCCAAGCAUGAGCAUCUCCACGACUCAGAAGCAGUCUUCCUACACGUCAUACCAAAAGAAGACUUGGUCAUAAACCUCAGCCUACAAGACCUAUUCGCUAGAGGACUUGAAGAUAUACUCCCCGAACUCUGUAACAAGGACACUACUUGGAACAAAUUCCUUUCGCCUAAAGGAAUCCGGGCAAAGAUCGGUACCAAUAACGAAUCGGAUUUCCAAAGGAUCACCGCCCAACUUAAGAGAAUGUAUUGCAUGUUUACCCAGAAUGGGCCUGAAAAUACAUUUAGAUCUCUGACAAAUGCACAAGAACUUCUCUUGGGGGAUCCGUUUUCAUCGGGGGCCGUAAAGGAAGAGGGAUUCCGAAUCCUUCAGGACGAGAUAGACAUGAUGGUGAGACCCAAACCAAGACGAGUUAUACUGAAACCCACGAUGCUCGACGAGGAUCAGAGCAAAGAUGAGCCUUGA